UUUAGCGUUUUUCUACCUCAAUGUAACGCAGCAAGUGGCUGCUCAGUCCUCCGGCUCCGCACGAACACCCGGUCCCUGAUGGAAACCUCCUUUUCGUCUACCAAUAUAUCACACGAUGGAGUUGUUUGUUCGUCGUUAUUUCGGAAGGCGUGACUCCAUUCGGUCUACACUGACCCCAGACGUCAUUAAGGAGGACACUCUGAGGGACGACCUGAGAUACUACUUUAUGAGCCCUUGUGAGAAGUACAGGUCGCGACGGAUUUUGCCAUGGAAACUUGGUGUACAGAUUCUCAAAAUCAUCAUGAUCACCACACAGCUCAUUCUGUUUGGCCUGAACAACCAGCUGGUGGUCUCGUACCAAGAGGAGAACAGGAUGGCGCUGAAGAACCUCUUCCUCAAAGACUACAGCGGCGUGGACGAGGAUGACUACAGCGUCUCCGUCUACACCCAGCAGGGCGUCUACGACUCUCUCUUUUACGUUCUCGAUCAGUACAGCCAGCUAGGCAACCUCUCGGUGGGUCCCAUCGGCUAUGCUGAUGAUGAGACUGGGGGGGUCCGGCCCCUUGUGGUAUGUAAACGCUACUACAAGAGGGGCACCUUGGAACCUUCGGACGACGCGUACGACAUAGAUGCCGAGCUGGAGCACGAUUGUUUCACAUGUCAUCCCAAGUCGCAAACACCAUGCAAAACCCAAAAUGCCUCAUUUUAUAGUUUUGAGUUCUACAGACUUGUGGACGUGGAGAUCACCUUCCACUUGAAAGGGAUUAAUCUGCAGUCAGUGCGUGCACGAGAGUUACCCGACUGCUAUGCUUUCUCUGUGACGAUAACCCUUGAUAAUCAGGGCCACAGCGGUAAGAUGAAGAUCUUCAUGGACAUUGACUCCGUGAGCAGUGCCUGCCUGGAAUGGAAGAUCUCAGGGACAGCCCAGAAAAAUACCCAAUACCUCCUGGUGUUCGACGUCUUCGUCAUCAUGAUCUGCAUCGCCUCGGCCGUCCUGUGCACUCGCUCCAUCGUCCUGGCAGUUAGGCUCCUCCAGAGGUUCACUAGAUUUUUCCAGGAGAACUACAAUCGCAAACUGUGCGACGAGGACCAAAGCGAGUUCUUGAAUGGCUGGUACCUGCUCAUUAUCGUCAGUGAUCUCCUGGCCAUCGUGGGCUCCAUAUUGAAGAUGGAGAUCCAAGCAAAAAGUCUAACCAACUACGACGUGUGUAGUAUUUUUCUCGGGACCUCUACCUUAAUGGUGUGGUUUGGCGUCAUCAGGUACCUGGGCUACUUCGAGAAGUACAAUGUGCUGAUCCUCACGAUGAAAGCGGCUUUCCCGAAGGUGCUGCGCUUCUGUUGCUGUGCAGGCAUGAUAUACCUGGGCUACACCUUCUGUGGCUGGAUCGUCUUAGGGCCGUACCACGAGAAGUUCGAGAGCCUGAGCCGCGUGGCCGAGUGUCUGUUCUCGCUGCUCAACGGAGACGACAUGUUCUCCACCUUCGCCCAGCUGAAGGACAAGAACGCCGUGGUGUGGUUCUUCAGCCGGGCCUACCUCUACUCCUUCAUCUCCCUCUUCAUCUACAUGGUGCUGUCGCUCUUCAUCGCCCUCAUCACCGAUGCCUAUGACACCAUCAAGAACUACCAGAAGAACGGAUUCCCGUUGACAGACCUGCACAAGUUCCUGAGGGAGCUGAGUGAUUUUGACUCGGUGGAGGAUGGAAGCCAGACGGGCGUGGGCUUUAACCCCCUCUGUUGCUGCCAGCGAGUUCAACCAAAUGAAGAUGUUGCAGUUGUCACAUGAUGGAUAUCAAAGCCAAGAUGUCAUGCCAGACCGCCAGAAGUUCAUUGAUGAAGACACUGUUCUUGGGACAGAACAUAUACUCUUAAGGGAAAUGUGUAGUGAAAUGUUAAAGGCCAAAUACUUAUUUAACCAAAAUAUAUGUGAAAUAGUUGUUGAAGCAAGUUUUUUUUUUAUAUUUUGUCUAAUGAAAUUUACUGUGUGGGUUUGUUUGCUUAAUAUAUAGGUAUUUUGAUGCAAUGUGAGUCCUGGAAUAGAAUAUUGUAAACUAUGUUGAUCAUCCGCAACUGAAUGUAAUUUAUUUUUCAAAUCUUGAAAAUGUUGCAAAUGUUAUUACAAUGAAUAAAAAUGUUUUACCAUAAGUUAAAGUUUAGGAAUUGUA